AAAAGUUAAUUGAAACUGACCUAAAGCUCUUCUUUAAUUAUUCUAAAAAGGUAGAUCCGAUUAUUGCUGACUUAAGUAUCAGAGUGUAUACCCCGAGGUGGGUCCUCGGGGCUUCACAGGUUAUUUAGUUCAGUUAGGAUUUGUUAAUUUUAAGUCACGGUAGUGUUUAAGUCCUUGGAGUUGUCCAAGGCAGAUUUCGUAACCCAAUCUGCAGGAAGGUAUCCCUCCCUCUUGCAAAUCAUCUGAAGGCGCAAUUUCAAUUUUAAUCCAAUGUUCUUCCCACCAUCCACAAGGAGGUCGACCGUGAGGAAGGAGAGGGUCAUUGGGAAAGUCCUCAUUUCUUACUUUCAGCAAAGUAAGUGGCACACCCGCAUUCAGAUUUCACACGUGUGAGGCCACUAGAGGAUUUUUGGGGAAACAAUCCUUUUUUGGCACGCCCAGGGGGACCUCAUCGUGUCUUACUUACAGUUUUCAGAUCCAUUGUUCUUUUUUCCAAGAAAAGGCGUAAAUAUGCCACCAAAAAGAAACAUUGGGAAGGCUGCCCAGACUUUACAUAUUGGGCUUGGUGAAGGCAGUCCAGCACACUUAGAAGGAGAGAAUGAGCCAAUCAUUCCACCACCAUUGUCACCAAUACUUGGGAAGCAUUCUUUUGUCAAUCCUACCAUCAACAAGGAUAGUGAAUCUGGAGAUGAUGUUGCUCAAUCUGGCCGCUUCACAAUUCAGUGUGGCGAGGCCUCCGGUGAUGAUCAUCUGAAGCUCAAACUUUUUCCUAGUUCUUUAACUAGUACAGCUCUCACUUGGUAUCUGAGUCUGCCACAGAAUUCAGUUUAUACUUGGAGGCAGAUGAAGGACCUUUUCCAUAUCCAGUUUUACCGCAGUGAGCCAGAAGCCAGACUUAAGUGCAAAGUUGCCCUGCCAGAACAGGAAUUUGUCAAGUUGGCACAAAAUGGUUUGGACAUUGAGUUAAGGAAAAAGUUUGAGGGAAUGGAGCUUCGUGAUUUCUUUGAGUUGUCUUACAAGGUGGCUCGUUAUGAAAAUUUAUUGCGAGAGGACACACAAAAAAAAUUUGCAUCUCACGGGACUUCUUAUGGUGAUACUAACUUUGAUCUGGACGUGGCAGAAGUGUUGGCAGACAAGCCAGUUGUUUGCCCAGAUCUGAUUAAAGUGGAUAAAAUUGAUAAGGGAAUUCUGCGCUUUCCAGAUAAGACCAAAGAAACUAUGGGAGUUGAUGCAGAUCCAUUCCCUACCAUGUCUGUUGGGGUGAAUGCAACAGAUCUUAGAAGCAUUGCUAGAGACAGAACUCAGUCAUACUCUAGGCGCAGACUUGCAGUUGAAGAUCUGAGGUGGGUCAUUGAGGAGGUAAGGGCCCGCAGAAAUCAGGUCAGAUCAAGCUUAUAUCGAAGGAGACAGCCCAGGGGGCAUAACUCAACUCAACAGAAAAAUAAUGCAAAUCAGGGAACUACGAUAUCUAGACGCGCAGAAAAGCCCAGAAUGGUGAAACCACCACUCAGAUCUCCAAGAAAACGGUGGGAACGUGUGGUGAAAUUUGACGUGUCAGAUAAAGCGAAAAAUUCAUUAGAUGUAAUAUAUUUUGGUGAGUUUUUCGUGAAUCUAUCUUGCUUGGUAAUCACUCUUCCUUUGGUCUUUCAAGCAAGAGAGCAGUCAAAAUCUACAGUCUAUCACCAGACAGAUUUGACUAAGGAAGAAGAAGUCAUUGAGAUCCCAGCUAAGGAAGAUGGUGGCAUGGAUUUAGCAGAUAAAAUCAUUUUCCAAAAACCAGAAGAGAGGAUGGCCAAACGUAUCAGGCCAUUAUACAUUCAUGCACAUCUGGAUGGUAUACCGAUAAAUCGAGUUCUAGUUGAUAAUGGAGCAGCUGUCAAUGUUUUGCCAACUUGUAUUUUGCACAAAAUUGGCAAAUCAUUGGGUGAUUUAAUGGAGACAGAAGUGACAAUCAGUGACUUUACUGGUGGAGUAAAUCGCUCAAGGGGAAUUCUGCCAGUAGAACUUACCAUUGGAAACAGAACUCUCAUAACUAAAGUCAUGACAACAGAUGACAAGUCGUUCGUGGCAAAUACCAAUGCAGUGGAAGCUUGUUAUUAUGAUGAAGAUAUUGGGAUUAUCCGUUUCUUUGGGAUGGACUGCUAUGGCAGACCUUCUGGAAUUACUGCUUGCACCAGAUCUGCAAUGGACAGACAGACUGUGAAGGAAAUAAAUUCCAUGAAGAAGGACCGCAUUAAGCACCAGAAAAAAGAGGCCGUGGAAGAAAUCAAGAGAAAAUUAGCGGCCUACCUUGCAGAAAAACGAAUCUAUGUAGACAGAUCUGAGGUAGUCUAUGAAGGAGAAGAGGAUGACUCAAAGGAUCAAAUAACACUAGAGGAAUUAGAUCUGGCACUAGCAAAACUUGACGAUCUGAAGGCAGAAGUACAAGAUCCCCUGGAGGAGGUAAAUCUGGGUACUGAGGCAGAUUUGAAAAUUACUUUUAUUAGCGAUUCUCUUGAGCCGUGUUUGCGUGAUAAAAUCAUCAGUAUCUUGCAUGAAUACAAGGAUUGUUUUGCUUGGGAUUAUUCUGAAAUGCCAAGUCUGGACAGAAAUCUGGUGGAGCACAGAUUACCCAUUAAAGAAGACUUUAAACCUUUCAAACAACUGCCCAGACGAAUGUCUCCAAAAGUCACUUUGAAAGUCAAAGAAGAGAUAGAGCGGCUGUUGAAGGUUGGUUUCAUCAUAACUUCCAGAUAUGUGGAAUGGUUAUCUAAUGUGGUUCCCAUGGUUAAAAAGAAUGGCAAGUUGAGAAUCUGUAUAGACUUCAGAAAUCUGAAUCUGACAACACCAAAAGAUGAAUAUCCUAUACCUAUUGCAGAUUUAUUGGUGGAUGGUGCCGCAUGCCACCGAAUUCUGUCAUUCAUGGAUGGCCACAGUGGAUACAACCAGAUUUUUAUAGCAGAAAAGGACAUUCCAAAGACCGCUUUUCACUGCCCAGGAGCUAUUGGUAUGCAUGAAUGGGUGGUAAUGCCAUUUGGUUUAAAAAAUGCAUGUGCAACUUAUCAAAGAGCCAUGAACGCCAUCUUUCAUGACAUGAUUGGUCGUUUUAUGAAAAUUUAUAUUGAUGAUGUGGUUGUGAAGUCUAAUGAGGUCGAGGAGCAUUUGGUGCAUUUAAAGCUGGCUUUUGAAAGAAUGAGGAAGCAUGGUCUGAAGAUGAACCCUUUAAAAUGUGCAUUUGGCAUUUCUACUGGAAAUUUUCUGGGAUAUCUAGUGCAUGAGCGAGGUCUAGAAGUGAAUCAGAACAAGGCAAAAGCUGUUAUUGAAGCACAGCCACCAAGAAGAAAGACAAGAGUUUUUUCGCUGCUACUGAAGCUGAAAUCAGAAGCAUAUUUCAAAUGGGAGAGACACCAUCAGACCGCUUUUGAGGAAAUAAAGCAUUAUUUAUCAAAGCCGCCCGUCUUAGUGCCUCCUUUAAGAGGCAAACCUCUGAUUUUGUACAUAUCUGCCGCAGAUGAAUCUGUAGAUGUGAUAAAGUAUAUGUUGUCUCGACCACUGUUGAGAGGCAGAAUUGGAAAAUGGGUUCUGGCUUUGUCAGAAUUCAACCUGAAGUACAUGCCUCAAAAAGCUGUCAAGGGGCAAGCCUUGGCAAAUUUCCUAGCAGAUCAUCCGUGCCUGGAGGUAGAAGAAUAUGAGGAAAAAGGAAUUGUUAUUAUUUCUCCAACUGGUUUGAAAACCCAGAUGUCAUUUCAACUAGAUUUCAAUUGCACCAACAACCAAGCUGAAUAUGAGGCAUUGAUUAUUGGGUUGGAAGUGUUGGUAGAACUUAAGCUCUUGGAGGAAUUUGAUGAUGUAAUCUUGAGGCAUGUUACUCGAGAUCUGAACACAAAAGCAAAUGAGAUGGCACAAAUCGCCUCAGGCUUAAAAAUCCCAAAAGGCGUGAUCAGCAAAAUUAUUGUUGUGGAAAAACGAAUUCUACUAUCUAUUCACAUGCGUGAUUACUUUACCAAGUGGGUGGAAGCAAAGCCAAUGAAGAAGGUUGACCAGACCGAUAUUAUUAAAUUUCUUAAAGAAGAAAUCAUUUACAGAUUUGGUUUGCCAGAAACAGUGACUUCAGAUCAGGGAACAGUUUUCAUUGGUGCACAAGUUGAGAUGUUUGCAAAAGAAAUGGGGUUUAGGUUACUCACUUUAACCCCUCAUUAUGCUCAGGCCAAUGGUUAAGCUGAAGCUUCCAAUAGAAUUGUGAUAAAUCUGCUUGAAAAAAUGGUUGAUGAUAAUCCAAGGCGUUGGCAUGAGCUGUUAUCUGACACAAUCUGGGCUUACAGAACUUCACAAAGGAGUUCUACCAAGGUAACUCCUUUCUCUUUAACUUAUGGACAUGAUGCUGUUCUGCCCAUGGAGUUGUCUACUAGAUCAUUGCGUAUAGCAAUUCAACAUAGUCUCACUUUUGGAGAAUAUAAUGAGGCAAUGAUU